AUGGCCCUUAUUGCUGGAAGGUGUACCGCCUAUCUGGCUCUCUUCACCUCCAAUUUUACGACGUCGCCUCACCUCACCAGAGCGCAUAUACUAAGCUACACAAUUACCAGGAACGCAAAUCGGUCCCGUCAAUGCGUCUCUGCUUCCCACCGUGGUUCUGGGCAUGUCUACGAAGGGCGAUAG